UCCGGCGGGCAACAUGGCGGCGGCCGCGCGGGACUCACGUGCGAGCGCCGGGAAGAAGCUGAAAAGUUCGCUGCAGAAGAGGAAGAAGAUGAAAGCGGUGGCCCGGGCUGUGGCGGCGCAGCUGGAAGGCGAGGACGAGGACGCUUCCGACAAUGGAGAUCCUGUCGGAAGGAAAGAGGAUCCCCUUCCUUCUGAUGAUGAAGCAGUCGAGGCCGACAACGAGGAGGAGUCUGAGCCGCAGGCUGCCAGCAGCCUUGACAGUUCUGCAGAGAGCACCCUGGGAGCCAGUGGGGGCUGGGCAGACGCCAUGGCCAAGAUUCUUAACAGGAAAAUUCCUAAAAGCAAAGCCACCAUUCUGGUCAAAAACAAAGAGCUGGAGAAAGAAAAAGAGAAGUUAAAGCAAGAGAGACUGGAGAGAAGAGCGCAGCUUGACAAGAAGCGGGAAUGGGAAAUGAUGUGCAGAGUCAAGCCAGAUGUCGUCAAAGACAAAGAAACCGAGAGAAAUCUUCAGAGGAUCGCAACGAGGGGUGUGGUGCAGUUAUUCAACGCUGUUCAAAAGCAUCAAAAGAACGUUGAUGAGAAGGUUAAAGAAGCGGGAAGCUCCAUUAGGAAACGUGCAAAGCUGAUCUCAACUGUUUCCAAGAAAGACUUCAUCAGCGUUCUGCGAGGCAUGGAUGGAAGUUCGAAAGAGAAAAGUGGGAAGAACCCAAGGGACAAGCUGAGCACAGGAAACUCAGAAGAGGGUCCCAGCUGGAAGAUCCUGCGGGACGACUUCAUGAUGGGCAGUGCCAUGAAGGACUGGGAUCGGGAGAGCGACGGGCCUGCUGCGAGUGACCCCGACACCUGAGCUCUAGGACCCCGAACUUCCAGUCCUGUCCUCCGGGAACGGGCGUGCCUUGACAGCAGGAAAGCCCAGAGCUGCAGUUUAGGCCCCACUGUAAUGUUUUGGACAUUUUAAACAUUAUUCCUCAGCGUUUGUAUAAAGGAACAUUUCUGUUUGACUGAAAAAUAGAAAUUUUGUUAGACCAUUACGGAUUGACAUGCUGGUGACAGAUGCUGAGGUUUUGCUUUCGUAUCGCCUAUUUCUGGAAAUGCAUAAGGGAAAAUGAACUAGAAGUUCCUAUUUUUCCACCUUCUAACUUAGAGACCUACAGAUCUUUUCUUCAGAUGCAAAGUUUUAUUUAUAUAUAUGUGCAUAUGUAUACGUAUGUAUGUAUAUGCACACAUGUACAUACACAAAUACCAACCUUUGUUAGGUUAUUUUUGUAUGAAAGAUUUACUACGGCAAAGUUCUUAUGUUUGUUUUGCCAACAAGGCAUAUUUUUUUAGGAAGCAUGUUUAAUGUACCCCCUGGAAUAUUUGACGAGCUAAAAUUCUUUUAUGGGCUGGCAGACCCCUAAGAUGGUGCCAUUAGACAGCUGGUCAUCCACAUCAGAACACAGCAUCCGCUUUGAAACCUCAUCCCCGACUGUUGCCUCAGAGAUCGUUCCAAAAAAUGGGGCAAAUUCUCAUAUGAAAUUGUAAAGGAAGAGAAAAAAAGCACUGUAUGAGCCCCAAGUUUCAGUAAAACUGAGCCUGAGAUUUGUUGGGGGUAGGGGGCGUGAUUUAAUAAAUGCGAUAUGUUCCAUUCCCUAAGGAUCCGUCCCUCUCUUGUCUUUCCGUGAUGAAAAGACUCGCUCCUUCUCCCCAGUGUGCAUACUGGCAUCUGUUCGGGAUCAUAGGAUUAUUCCCCCCCCCCCCCCCCCCAGCACUGUUCUGUGUAGAGAUAUUUGUAUUUUCAGAUCCUUUUGAGUGUUACAGGUAUUACAUAAUGAAAGCUAAAUUAGUCCAGCGGCUGGUAUUUGAUACCAUAAAAGAAGGGGCACAUUAAAAUAACAAUCUGCUAAACCAGAGAAGAUCAAAAUUCAGUUUUCAUAUUUAUUCCAAAUUUUCAACUUUCAGGAUUUAUAAAAUUAUAGAAUUACCAUUAUAUCAAUGUAAUGAAAAUAAAACAUGAAAAAAUAUAUUUCAGUAGUAACACAAGUGUGCAAAAUGUUCCAAUUGAACUAUCAUUCUAAUAUUAAUAUUUUAAUAUAACAUAAAUAUUUUCUUUUUUUUUUGUUUUUUGGGUCACACCUGGCAACGCUCAUGGGUUACUCCUGGCUCUGCACUCAGGAAUUACUCCUGGCGGUGCUCAGGGGACCAUAUGGGAUGCUGGGAAUCGAACCCGGGUUGGCCGCGUGCAAGACAAACGCCCUACCCGCUGUGCUAUUGUUCCAGCCUCUAUGAUAUAGAUAUUUUCAAUAGAAGCUGAAAAACUACCUGAAACCUUUUUCUCCCCAGAAAUUAAAUCUAUAAUAAAAAUAGCAGAAUUAACAGUCUGUACAUGUUGGUGGGGAAGUCAUUCAAAGAAUACAGAAGUACCAGCUGCUUUGUCAUUUGGUCUGCUGUCUUGUCCAUGGGGAGUGAUGCUUUCCUUGAAGAUGCUUUUACUGAUACUCUGCAGUCUAUGAUGAUUCCUUUGCUAUAUGUUGAUACAUGUGAGCCACUCGAAUUUCAUUUUCUAAACAGUUGGAAAUCAGGGGUGUGUGGACCACCAGCAGGCUGUGUCUUCUCUUGAGGGGAGAGAUCAUCUCUCACUGUCAUCAUAAAGGGUACUAGUCUCCCCACAAAGGGCCGCCCCUCAGGUACAGGCAGAGAUACGGACUAGGGGAGAGAGAAACAUUCCGUCCACAGCAGCAGCUGGGCCACAUUCCUGACCCAGCUAUGAAACAACUUGAGCUGCUAUUGUAAAAUCUCUGAGUAAAAUUGGAGUAGAAAUUUAAGGACGAAUUUAGGCAGCAUUAAGUGGGCAUGGCAUCCCAACAGUGGCUCACAUUAUUUGGGUGAUGAUACUGUUUAUGAUGAAAUAAUCUCUUUACUCCUUCAAAGACAGAAAACAUUAAGCUCUUUCCAAAGCACAACUGCAGUAAGUUCUUACUGGUUUAUUUGGAUAGUGCGAAGAUCUGGUUUAAUGGCAGUUACCUGAAAUAAAGCAAUCAUCUGUCAGAUUUGAAAUAUCUCUUAACAG